UUCUAUCCAUAUCCUUCUCUUUUUAUAGAUAUCUGUCCUUGCAAAUUCAUCAGUAUUAAGUCAGCUCUUCAUUUCAUUCUCUUCUUUCACCUUAGUAACAACUAGUUUCCCCGGAAAGGAAAAGGGUCUUAAAAUUUUAGAGAACAAAGCAAAAUCCCAUUUCUCCUUAGAGAUUGACCAGAGAUGUUACGUGGUUUGCACUCCCUGGAAAGCUGUACCUAUAACGGGAUGGACAUGAGAGUGCUCGAGAGACAACAAGCAAGGUUGAAAUGGCUGCUGCAGCAGCAAGACUAUGUGGUCCAAAAUAAUAAUCCUGUUGAAUUAUGUGUAAGUUCAGUGCCUCAGUUUCAGGGUUUGAUUGGAGGGAAUUUAGGUAGUGGACAGUUAGUUGAGCUGAAAAUGCCAGAAGUUUAUCUGGGUAGUGAUGAUUUUCACAAAUUGGUGAACCUUUCAGUAGCUGGACCAGAGUUUGGUAUCAGUAAGAUGGAUUUGGUGCCGCCAGAGGGUGCUGCAGAUUACUGUAUUUCUCGGACUUCUAGCUGUCAGAUGACAGCUCGGACUGCUUUAAUGAAAGAGGGAGGAGAAGGUGUGAUUUUGGAGAAAAUAGAGUCCACCACUGGCAGAGAGAGCUUUAACAAGAGAAAAGCAGAGGCUGUUGCAGAUGAUAAAUGUAAAGAAAGGAGGAUUAAAGGAGAAGUGGAAGGGGAACCUGAGGUCAAAACAAAAUGCAGUAAAGAAGUUUCCAGAAAUCCUUCAAAGGAGAACUCCAAGGUUUCAGAGGUUCAGAAGCCAGAUUACAUUCAUGUAAGGGCACGUCGUGGCCAGGCUACUGACAGUCACAGCUUAGCAGAAAGAGCCAGAAGGGAAAAGAUUAGUAAGAAGAUGAAAUGCUUGCAAGAUUUAGUCCCUGGCUGCAACAAAAUCACAGGCAAAGCUGGAAUGCUUGAUGAAAUAAUCAACUAUGUUCAAUCUCUCCAAAGACAAGUUGAGUUCUUGUCUAUGAAACUUGCUGCUUUAAAUCCAAGUGUGGAAUUCAAUGUUGACAACCUUCCUGUGAAAGAGUUUCCUGCUUAUGUCGCCAAUUUUCCAGCAGCUGCUAAGUCACCUGCAGUGGCCAAUUUGACCUGCCUUCAGUUCAACCCAUUGCAAAAAGAAGCUGUAAGUUGCAUGUUAGAUGCGACAAUGCCCCUUCCCCAAACAUCAACUGAAGGAAUUGCAAGUGCUUCUAUAUCUAUUCCAGAACAAGCUUUUAGUUCAUCCUGCAUCACUCAACUGCAAGCAUUUUCAUCUUGGAACACUGAUCCUCAAGGUCUUAACAAUGCGUACAAUAUGGGGUUUCAUUAA